CCCUAUACAUAUGGCUUGCCCCAUAGCUGAAAAUACCAGGUGGGGGUGUGCAAUUGCCAAGAUCCACCCUCCUUGCUUGGCCUUUCCUUCCAAUCUAUGUUGGCUGAAGCUGAGAAUAGAACUGGAGUCAGAUUCCUGUAUAGCAAUAAAGACAGUGUGAGGAGGCACGAUAGACAGACAGGGAGGAUAAUUUCAGAAUAAAACAUAGUGUUGUAAAAAAGGGAAAGUGUCACAGGUUCAUGUAUUAGGAGGUACUUGACAGCAUCCCUGGAUCCGAUAGUCUGAGAAACCUUGAGCUACUCUCAAGAUGAUCAGUGAUAAAUACUUGAUGGAGUAUAAAUUAGAUCCAGAAGAUCCUCAUUUGCAAGAACCAGAGACUAUGCUCCUGCAAUCCACUGUCGACAUACCACCCAAAACUGAUCCCCGAGAUCCACAUGGGAUCAACCAACAUCUAAAGCUGGAAUUCUCCGACAUCCUUGCAGAACCUUCCUCAUUCCGUACCUUUGAUCGGAUUUGGACCUGGAGUGACAUCACCUUUGAGAGCUCCCGCCUUUGGUGCUACCGUAUUAUCUCACUGCUCUGUGCUGUGCCAGUCUCUUUAUGUUCAGGCUUUCUCUUUGCCUGCCUGGGCUGCCUCCACAUCUGGUGUGUGAUGCCUUGCAUCCAGCUGUGUACAAUGGCCAUGCCUCCAGUUCGUACCCUCUGGGCUAGCAUCCUGGAUGUUUUGAUAGCCCCUCUUUUCACUAGCCUGGGACGCUGCUGCAGUGCCAUCUACCUUACAGUAACUCAGAAGUGAUAGAGGGAUAUUCGUCCAUCGAGAUCCAUACUGCACUGACUUCUCAUUAUACAACCCACUGAAUACAUUCAAUUUCCACAAGGACUGACCAAGGGACUUUUUUAACCAAAGCUUUGAAAUAUGGGACUUGAAUGGUGGUGGGGAAUGACAGAGAAAAAGAAUAGAAAGGGAGCCCUUUGGAGAAUGAAUGGCAGGGUAGACUUCCAAGUGCUUCUUUCCCCCUUUUCUUCUCCAAACCCCUCUCCUUUGCCCAGAUUUGUAAACAGGGCUUCAGAAUGAUGCUUUCUUUACUCUUUCCAUUUGGAGACUAAAAUGGGUGAGUCCUUUCCCCAAGCCCCCAUGCAUGUCCUUUUGUAAGGCAGAAGUAGGCUAUGUGGUUCUUAUGGCAUAUAAACACUUUGUAUACCUGGGAAGUUCUCCCUUACCAAUCACCUUAUUUUGUCAACACCCCCCCCCAUCUUCUUUUAAUUCAAAAAAAGUCCAAUGGGAAGUGGGCAAAGCAAAGCAACCCCCUUAGCAUUGUCUUUAUUCCUCCAGGACUCACACAGGCAUUGUGAGAAAGUAAAUAUAGUGAGUGCUUUCAGGCCAUAGCUUUCUUUGAAGUAUGCCCCUUCUCUCCCCACCCUCCAAAAGGCAAAAGCCAACAGGUAUGGUAAUCAAUAUUUUGUGAAGCUAGAUUAGGAAAUAGCUUCCCCAGUUUGUUCUCUGACAAAAUGGUAUUUUGUGCUACACUAUCCUGCCAACAAUGGCAGCCAUUUUGUGGCCAGCCAAAGCUGCCUCUGCUCCACGUUCCACCAUUUCUCAGCGUGUCCAGAAGAUUCUUUCUAAAUUCUCCCAAGAUUAGACCUGUAUCCAAUCCUCAAUUCUUAUCGCUCAGUGGCUCUCCAAUCCAUGUCACACAUAUCCACAUUAGGAAAAGAUCAAUAUAGCAGAUAGGCAAUGGCCCUCCAACUAGGCCAUUCCGAAUCUAAUGUCCUCUUACCAGUUGUCAUCCCACCACUUCCGGAGGCCAUCGGGUGGGGUAAAUUCCACUAAUGAGACAUAGAGUGGGGUUUGCAAAGGAAAUGCUUCCAAACCCAUGAUGCCUCUGACAGAACAAAUUGUCAUGGAGAGAUGAUUCACUUCAGCCCCUCUCCUAUUAGAAAUAACUGGAAUUAAUAUGUUAAAUUCCCACCCCUGUAGAGUGAACAACAAUAAACUAUUAAUAUUAAUAAACUAUUGCUUAGUUUUCCUUCUGCCUGCUUUGUCUUGUGGCAAACCAUCAUAUUCCAUGGCACAAAGACACCCCAUUAACUGUUGCUACAAUUCAUCUACCACAGGGGCAGCUUACAUUCCCCUUUCAUUGUUUUGGUUCAAAGUAAUGCUUUUCUCCUUUAGUUAUUGUGGGAACAGCCUAUCACUUCUGUGCACUGGGACUUGCCUUUCAGGGCCAUUUGGCUUGGGCUAGUGGAGAGAUCAGGUACCCCGUUCCAGUGGGGCAUCCAACAAGACCUUUUAUGCAUUAUGUACUUUCCAGAUGGACACGAGCCUUGCGUUCUUCUGGAACAGCGUUUGAUCUGUUUGUAUAUAAUAUACUUAGUGAUCUUUCAAAAGAGCAAUAGAUCUAAGUUUAAAACACAGAAUUAGCACUCUCUUCCUGGAGGUCAAUGUACUGGGAAAGAGUUGGCUUUUGCCACCCGUGCAAGGUGAAUGCUUUCUACAGGUAGUCCUCGCUUACCAACCACUCAUUCAGUGACCAAAAUUAUGACAGGGCUGAAAAUUGAGACUUAUGACUAGUUAUUGAAGUCACAGCCGUUGCAUUCCAUGGCCAGGUGAUUGUGAUUCAGACAAUUGGUAACUAGCUCACAUUUAAAAGGUCAGAGCAUUCUACAGUCAGUGGAUCACCAUGUGAAACCUUCACAGCUGGAUUCCGACAAAAUCAAUGGAGAAGCCAGCAGGAAGCUGCAAGCCAGAGUCAUAUAAAUUGCAGUUAAUGACCCAUGAUGAUUCACUUAACAACUGAAGCCAGAAUUGACAGGACUUACUAAGUUGGUGUGGUUGCAUAUCAUCAUGUUUAACAACUGCACUGCUUAACAACAGAGUUGCCAGUCCCUAUUCUGGUCAGUAAGCAUUUUUUUUAAUUUGCAUUUAUAUCCCGCCCUUCUCCGAAGACUCAGGGCGGCUUACACUAUGUUAGCAAUAGUCU